GCUACUUCCAUUGUACAAUAAUCGCAACUUCUUCGGUCUCAGCCUCCAUUCGUGCGUCUGUGAAGCAAGCAAAUUGAGGCACACACAGAAAUGGGAAAGAAGACGAAGAAGGCCGGUAAAGGAAAGGAGAAAACUGAGAGGAAAACCGCCAAGGCAGAGGAGAAGAAAGCUCGUCGAGAAGGCAAAAAGCUCUCCCCUGAAGACGACAUCGACGCUAUUCUCUUGAGCAUACAGAAGGAAGAAGCUAAGAAGAAAGAGGUUCAUGUUGAGGAAAAUGUACCAGCACCAUCUCCUAGGUCAAAUUGCUCGCUUACUAUAAAUCCCUUGAAAGAGACUGAGUUGAUACUCUAUGGUGGGGAGUUUUAUAAUGGCCAAAAGACGUAUGUAUAUGGUGAUCUUUAUCGAUAUGAUGUCGAUAAGCAGGAGUGGAGGUUAAUUUCAAGCCCCAAUAGUCCACCUCCUCGUAGCUCUCAUCAGGCAGUUGCUUGGAAGAAUUAUCUCUACAUAUUUGGUGGUGAAUUUACUUCUCCAAAUCAAGAGCGGUUCCACCACUACAAAGACUUUUGGAUGCUGGACGUGAAAACGAACCAAUGGGAACAGUUAAAUUUGAAGGGAUGUCCUAGUCCACGUUCUGGUCAUCGUAUGGUAUUAUACAAGCACAAGAUUAUAAUUUUUGGUGGAUUCUAUGACACUCUACGUGAAGUAAGGUAUUACAAUGAUCUAUAUGUGUUUGACUUGGACCAAUACAAGUGGCAAGAAGUAAAACCAAAGCCUGGUGCCAUGUGGCCUACAGCUAGAAGCGGUUUCCAGUUUUUUGUGUAUCAAGAUGAGAUAUUCUUGUAUGGUGGUUAUUCAAAAGAAGUCUCAUCGGAGAAAAGCUCUGAGAAAGGAAUUGUUCAUGCAGAUUUGUGGUCUCUUGAUCCUAGGACCUGGGAAUGGAACAAAGUGAAGAAAAUUGGGAUGCCUCCUAGCUCCCGUGCCGGAUUUUCGGUUUGUGUCCACAAAAAGCGUGCUUUGCUGUUUGGGGGUGUCGUGGACAUGGAAAUGGAAGGUGAUGUAAUGAUGAGUUUGUUCUUAAAUGAACUCUAUGGCUUCCAGUUAGAUAAUCGCCGCUGGUACCCCAUAGAGUUACGAAAAGAAAAGUCAUCAAAAGAUAAGGCAAAGAAGAACUUAGAGGCAAAACCUAUGGUUUCUAAUGACGAUGAUGAGAUGGAGUCAACAGAAGAAGAUGAAUCGUUGGCCAUUGGUGAUACGGCAGGCUUUUCUGAUGGGUUAUCUGAACGUAUGGCAGCAGGUCUAACUGUUGAGUCUGAUAAAAGCAAGGCUCUCCAAGGAGCAAAAGCUAGACUAGAUCCACAAGUUUCUGUCUCAGAAGAGGUUGUAAAACCAUGUGGACGUAUCAAUUCUUGUAUGGUCGUUGGGAAGGAUACCUUAUACAUAUAUGGUGGCAUGAUGGAGAUAAAAGACAAAGAAAUUACUCUUGAUGAUUUGUACUCGCUUAAUCUUAGCAAACUUGACGGGUGGAAGUGUAUCAUUCCGGCGACUGAGACUGAGUGGGUGGAAGUCUCAGAGGAUGAAGAAGGAGACGAAGACGAAGAUGAAGAUGAUAGUGACGAUGAAGGAAACAGUGAAGAGUCUGAUGAGGAUGAUGACGAUGAAGAAGCAGAGGCUAUGGAUGUUGAUGGAUCAGUGAAAGUGGGAGAAGUUGUUGCAAUGAUAAAAGGAGAAGGAAAAGCCCUACGAAGAAAAGAGAAACGAGCUCGGAUAGAACAGAUUAGAGCUAAUCUUGGUCUCUCAGAUGCACAGAGAACCCCAGCGCCUGGAGAAACUUUGAAGGAUUUCUAUAAGCGCACAAACAUGUACUGGCAAAUGGCUGCUUAUGAGCAUACCCAACAUACGGGAAAGGAGCUGCGGAAGGAUGGUUUUGAUCUCGCAGAAACUCGGUAUUUGGAACUCAAACCCAUUCUCGAUGAGUUGGCAAUACUUGAGGCAGAGCAAAAGGCUGAAGAAGCAGAAGGACCUGAGGCUAGUGGUAGCUCUAGAAAGGGAGGCAUUGCAAAGAAGAAGAGAUAGAGUUUUUGCAGCUUUUGCAGCUUUUGCAGACACUAUCAUAUUAUAAUACAGUUGAAUAUCAGUUUUGAAGUAGGAUUCUUUCGUGUCUACUUAAUGUGAGACUGUACUGUAAGACUUCAAACUUUAUAAAAAGAUUUGGGAAAAC